GAUCGGAGCACCACACGGAAGGCAUAUAGCUGUCUCGUGCUUAAUUAUCCAUACUGAUGGCCAGCUAUACUAGUACUAGUGGCCAGUUCGCCGUAGGGAAAGUAGCUGCAGCGAACCAAGAUGAUGAGACGUGCAUGCAUGCUCUGAAGCUCCUUGGCGGAUUAGCCGUACCUUUUACCAUCAAGGCGGUCAUCGAGCUCGGCAUCAUGGACCUUCUCCUGGCCGCGGACCGCGCCAUGACCGCGGAGGCGCUCACGGCAGCGUUGCUAUGUCCUGCUCCUGCUCCGGCUGCUGCUGCUGCUAUGGUAGACCGCAUGCUCCGGUUCCUAGCUUCGCACGGCGUGGUCAGGUGCGCCACCGAGUCGGAGGAGUUGGGCUCCGAUGAUGGCAAGAGCUGCCGGCGCUACGCGGCGGCGCCGGUGUGCAAGUGGUUUGCAAGGGGCGGCGGCGUGGAGUCGGUGGUUCCGAUGGGGUUCUGGAUGACAAGCACGACCAACAUGGAGACAUGGCACAACAUAAAAGAUGGAGUGUUAGCGGGAGAAACACCGUUUGACAAAGCAUACGGCAUGCCAGUGUUUGAGUACCUUGGUGCAAACGGGACAAUGAACACGUUGUUCAAUGAGGCAAUGGCGAGCCAUUCGAUGAUCAUAACGAAGAGGCUACUCGAGGUCUUCCGUGGCUUUGAAAAUUACAGUGUGCUUGUCGAUGUCGGCGGCGGCAACGGCACCACGAUGCAAAUGAUUAGAAGUCAGUAUGAGAAUAUUAGUGGCAUCAACUACGACCUUCCUCAUGUAAUUGCGCAGGCAUCUCCAAUUGAAGGUGUGGAGCAUGUUGCUGGCAAUAUGUUUGAUAAUAUUCCACGUGGAGAUGCAAUUAUCCUAAAGUGGAUUCUCCACAAUUGGGGCGACAAGGAGUGCGUCAAGAUCCUAAAGAAUUGCUACACAGCUCUCCCGGUGAACGGGACGGUUAUCAUUCUGGAGUACAUCCUCCCGGAGACACCAGAAGAAACACUAGCAUCGCAACUAGCGUUCGACUUCGAUCUCGGCAUGAUGCUGUUUUUCGGCGCCAGCGGUAAGGAGAGAACAGAGAAGGAGUUGUUGGAGCUCGCCAGAGAGGCCGGCUUCUCUGGAGACUACACGGCUACAUACAUCUUCGCCAACGUCUGGGCCCAUGAAUUCACAAAGUGAUUAAUUAAAGUAGCUCUCUUAUUAAUUAAUAAGCAAGCAUGUGCUUAUUAAUUAAUUAUACUCUGCUUGCAUCUUCGUUCAUGUACUUGUUACACUCAUAGUAAGGAUGUGCUUCGUCGCGGUGUAUGAAUAUCAUGUCGUCGCACAUCCAUCCAGAAUAAGGCAUACAUAUACAUGAUGCCGCCAUGUAAACAUAUAUAUGUUGUGUAUGCCAUCAUACCUUGUAUUGUACUAGCUUGCUUAUUGGUCCUUAAAAAUAAAUAUUUUAUGUAUUUGUAAUAAAUCAAAGCUAUAUCAACUUUGAGAAAAAAAAA